AUGAUCAUCCUCGGCAUCUUCAGCCUUGGACACCUCGUGGUUGGUCUCGGCUCCCAGGCCCGUAGCCUCAUGCUCUGGGAUCAUCAGAUGUUCCUGAAGCGUCAUCCGCCGUUUGUCGCGUUUCCUGCUGUUGCUUGGCUCGCCCUGCGGUUCUCCGGGCAGUGUUUGGCCUUGCGCCAUCUCGAUUCCUUCACCCAGCUCGUCGAGCCUACGCCUUGGGAACAGCCCCGAGUGCAAGCCGCCAACGCGGUCGGGCUCGGUGCAGCUUCUGCCCCUGCCCUCACCUGUCGACCAGCCCCAAGCCCAAGCCGCCAACAGGCUCGGGCUCGGCAUCACCUCUUGCCCCCUGGCUCCCGCCCCGCGCCUGCCUUCUGCCAGCCCGGAGCCCGAGCCGCCAACGCGGUCAGGCUCGGCCUCACCUCCUGCCCCCUUCCACCAGCCCCGGGCCCGCCUUCUGCCAGCCCUGGGCCCGAUCCGCCAACGUGGUCAGGUUCGGUGCUGCAUUCCACCCUGCCCCUGCCCUUCGACCCACCGUCCGCUCCCGCCUUCGACCCGCCGCCCAGCCUGAGCUGCCAAUGUGGUCGGGCUGGUGCUCACUCGUCCUCCUCCCUGCCUGCUCCCAACACCGAGCCGCGAGCCAAUGCGGUUGGGCUUGGCAUCGGCUCCUGCCCCGCCUGCCUUCGACCAACCCCGAGCCUGAGCCGCCAACACAGUUGGGCUCGGCAUCACAUCCCCCACCCUGCGCCCGCCUCCAACCAGCCUCUCACCUGCCUCUUGCCCGCCUUCUUGCUCACCUCCCCACGUCUCGCCCGCCUCCCCACAUCUCUCUCCCUGAAUCUCGCCCAUCUCCCCCCCUUCUUGCCCGCCUGGCCACCUUCUCGCCAGUCUCCCCGCCUCUCUCCGGCCUCUUGCCCGCCUCGUCGCCUUCUCGCUGGCCUCUCGCCCGCAUCCUCGCCGGCCUCGUCGCCUUCUGCCGGUGUCGGCACCCCCGCCCUGCGCCAGCCUUCGACCAGCCCCAAGCCCGGGCUGCCAAUGUGGUUGGCCUCGGUGUCACAUCCUGUCCCCCGCGCUUGCCUCCGACCAGCGUGGUCGGGCUCGGUGUCGACUCCCGGCUCCCGCACCCGCCUCCCGCUAUAUAGCCAUGGCAGUGUGAUCUAUAACACCCAUAGCACUUUAUAG